UAUGAUCUACUUAUGCUGCCACAAUGUAAAGGCAACAAUCACUGGGUUUUGCUGGUUGCAAGUGUUAUGUCCAGGACUGUUACCAUUUACGACUCAUUGGGUGGUAACAACAAGGCCUUGUUCGAUUUGUUCUGCCAGUUCAUGUGUCAACGAGCGCAAAUUGUGAAAGAUGGCUUGGAAAAAUUCAGUUCAGAGUUCAAAGCGCCACCUUGCAACAAACAGCGCCAUGGAAACAGCUGUGGAGUGUUUUCAUUGAUGACUGCCAAAUGUUUGGUCAUGAAAAAGCAUCCCACAAUGUUGCGACAGGCCCAUGAUUCAGUUUAUCGAGACUAGUCGUGAGACGCAGACUUCUGAUUCAUGGAGUGCGGCAAACAUAUCUGUGCGACUCGAUCACUCCACUGUAAAGACCCGCAUGGCAUUAAAAUGGAUAUUAUCAA